AUUCAACUAAAUUAUCGGUUCACAAUUCAUUUUUAAUUCCUGAUUAACUGGGUUUUUAUGAAUUAGGAUAAGAGGGUAUAAUUUAUUUAAAGUUUGUGAUAUUCAUAAAUACUUACUGAUAUGUAUCAUUCUUGCAAAAUGAGUUAAGUUGCUUUGGCCUAACUUUAUAGUGUAAGUGCUUACGUCACCAAAGUAACAUUUCGAGCUAAGCAGGAAAACCUUGAAUCUGACUGAUUGUCUUUAGCGGUAGUUUUUUUUACAUUGUUCUUUAAACUGACUCGAUUGGUAGAGAAUACUUUGCUAUGCUAUGCCGGUACAAUGGGAUAAGUAUGUUCAGUCUUAUUCUCUGAGGAUCAUAACAAGAGAAUCACAGUUUCUAGUAUGUAGUUUGUUCUAUGUUUGCUGACUUACUGAUGUCGACAGAUAUAAGUAGUAUGUACCGUCAAUUGAAAGUGGACUGCUUGGAGAGAGAAGGUUAAUAAGAUCGAAGAGAAGAGAACGAGAACAGAAAAUGACUAGUGUGGAAACGAAGUAAAAAUUAAGUAUGAGACAACUGAUUGACAUUUUGCAAAUGAAGCAUAUAUUGUAUAGUUCUGACAUUUUUGUAUUCAAAUACAUUCAAUUGUCCCCACUUGUGUUCUUGCUCACUCCAUUACUACCAUUACCUUGAUGGAUGUCUAAUCUUGUAAUUAUUGAUUAGUUGUCUAAAACUUGGGAAUUCGAAAUCAUUUUUCCUAUAUAUUUUGAAUAGUCUUUAGCAGUGACGUCCAGAAAGAGGGAUUCAUUACAUUUAAAAAACGUCAGAUAAAUGUGGCUGUAUCCGAACAAUUUAUGUUUUAUUUGGAACACCAGCACUAGAAUCUGGUUUUAUGCAGCUGACCUAUUCUAAAUAUGUGUUCUGAAUUCUACUGCAGGUUACUUUCCACGAUAUAGUUAAAUUAUAAGUAGAGAUGAUAUCGAAACGUUUGUUCGACAGCCCAUAUUUUAACAGAGAUUGAUCGCUUCACUCAUAAAUAUUUACGAGUAGAAAGAUUGAAAACCCUUUUAAACUAAUAACAAAUAAAACCUGACUUAUCAUGGAACGUUUAUCAGAUAGUGAAUCCGAUUCUCGUGUUGAGAAAGAUGCGGUCAUUCAAAGUCUCCCGAUUUGUUUAUUUUGAUUUUCCAUUGGUUGAAAUUCUGUUGGAAAGGGGUGGAUUCGACAAUCAGCAAGAGUACUAUUGUGAGUAUUUUCUACUUUUGGGCAACUAAGAUUAUUUAUUCAACUGACACGAAAAUCAAUAGUUUUAUAUUGAUAUUUUCUGUUAAAGCAAAAUAUAUUUGAUAAAGUGAAAAUUGGUUGAUUUAUCACCUACAUUUUUUUAUUGUAAGUUCGUCAUUUGUUAUCUGGUGAAUUCUACCAUCUUAAUUAAAAAUUAUUUACACAAAUAUUGGGUUUGUUUCUGUUACACAUUCAGUCAGUCGUCUAGGUGUUCUGUCUUCUGAAGUAUAUUCGGUUAUCGGGAAUUACGAUUUCAACCACUUUAUUAAUUUUAGUAUUUUGUCAAAUAGCCAAUAAAAAUAAUAUUCACUAGUGUUAAUCAGUUAAAUAUGGAUUCAACUAUGCUAGGAGAGAGAUAAUUAGUGACCGGGGGCAUUUGUCGAUGAUUGCUUUAUAUGCAACUGAGAUUGGGGACUUAUGGAGUGAGAUUGAAAUCUAGCAAUGGUGUGCUCGCUCCAAGGUUUGGAGGUUAUAAAUGUGGGCUGUUGAAUAUCCCUAACCAGCAAAGAAACAGAAUUCCAGUGAUCUAUGGUUUUCAAUGGUAUUCUGGAAGACGUAACUCAAUGGAGAAAUAUUCACACAAAUUAUUUAUCUGAACAAACAAGCAUUUUAUACACAUAGACUAAGUAAGGAAUAGAAGAGCAGCAAACCGCUUGCUCCGAAGACCGACCGCUUAAGCUUAGUCUUGAUCUUAUAUAACCAUAAAAUAAUGCAGAGGUCUUAACUGAAUGAUUAGUCUCUUAAAAAAUAAAUUAGCUUAUUCAUUUGGGUAGAAGUUGCCUACUUCUGAUGUCUUCAGAAUAAAAUUAAGACAUGAAUUAUGUACACAAAAUAUGCUAUCAUAUAAUCAAGAAGUGUAUUACACUCACACUGACUAGUGCAUUCAGAGAGAAAUAUCCUACGACUCGGAGAUUUCAUACUCUGGUUGGAAUAAACUUUAUAGAGCAAGGGGUUUUCUUCGAAAUUAUCAUCUUGACUGAAAUAAGGAGCGGUAUGUUUAACAGAACUUUGUUGUUAUUGAGUUUUAAACUAUAAACUGUUCAGAUAUUUUUAAAAUACUCGAUAUCUUUUCAGAAGCACAAGGAAACAAAACAAAACUGUGUUAGACACAGAUUACCAUACUGUUAAUCUAAGAAGAAAAGUAUCAACCAAGCAAUUUACUACUACCGAUAGUACUAGUAAUGAACAAACAUAUAAUCGGUCAUCAUCUAAAGUUUCACCUCAUAGUGGGGGUUCACCUACCUCAGAUUUGUAUGAUAUAACAGAAUGCUUGAUCAGUGAAUGUGUUCGAGAUCAUUUAUUGAUCAAACCUGUGAUCUCUAAAAACGACCAUAACGUAACUAUAAGCUCAAAAAGUGAUGUGGUGAAUAACGCUAAAUGUCUACACAAUUCGAAUGAUAAACUGUCGGCAUGGGGAUGUUGGUUGUUAGAGAAAGAAAAACAAAGACGAGAACAAAAAAGAGAGUCAAAAAAGAAACAGGUAAGAAUGUAUUAUACAUUAUUUCUAUGGGGAAAAUUAUUGCUAGUGAUGAUGAUUAGCUGAAAUGGAAAAUGGCUUUGACUUCACAAGCUGUAUGACUUAGGGCAAACUAAUCAUGUAAUUAAGCACUUAAAAUCUACAGAUUAUAUUGAACAUUUCAUUUUUUCAAGUUCUAAUUUAUUUGAAAAGAGUAGCUCUUACCACUAAUGAAUGUUAAAAGGAGAAUCACUGAAAGAAAUCAAGGAGCACUAGCCGUCUGGUUUAUGGAUGCUUCUGAGGUCCCAGACAAACGAAACAUUUUAAAAUUACAUUUCUCAGAAAAUCGUGUUUUGUAAGUAGCUAAGUGAUUCUUAAUGAGAUAUUUAGUUACAAAUAAAAUAUAGUGGACCCAAAAGGUGGGAUAGAACUCUUGACUAAAGGUGUGCUGUAGUAGUCAUUACUACGAUCCCAUAUUCUAAGGUACAACCUGCUGUUCUUGAACUAGGACAUUUUAGAUUUUUUUCUAGGAUGCGUUAAUCAACAGCACCCUAACUCGAAUGACGCAAUAUAAAGUCUUUCCCUUAGUAACUAAGGUAUAACUACGUUGCUAUAUUCAGGACAUUAGUAUGUUGAUGCCUUUUUAACCAUAGUUUAAAAUGAGACCGUAAUAAGAUAGAACAUUGAAAGUUCAGAUAAAUAAAGUGAUAACUGUAGAUAAAGGAGAAAAUAAACAUAGUAUGGAAAGAAUAGGAAAUUGUUGCACUACCCUACACCAUGCAAGCGACUCAAAGAUUACCACGGCAAAUUGUUUCUGUACAUAUAAGGGGGUUUGGAUCCGAGAACAGUCAAAACUUCUAUGAAUCUGACCUUUAUCAGUUUUCGCAUAAAAUGCCUCGGCAAAUAUGUGUGACCAGAUUGCUCGAAAUGUGCAACGCGAACACAUCACACUUUUCAGGUUAAUUCUGUUUUUUUCACUGUUCUGUUAAAUGUUAUAAGAGGGACCAAUUGCAUUAAAUGUUCUGCUUUGUUUUCCUUAUACUAAUUAGACUUGUGUUAAUCUAUUUCGGUUAUUUAUUUACUCUGAACAAGUGACUUACGUCAAGUCACGAAACUCCAGAAGUACAAAUUUCUACUCAUUGGGAUAUCUCAAAAAUUGUAUAUUUUUUUGAAUACAUUUGUUAGUUGUUUUUAUUUUAUAACAACAAUCAUAAUUAAUUUUUAACGUUUUAAAGAUUGAAGAAAUUCAAAAGAGGAAUCAGUUAUUGGUGCAAAAAAUAAAUCGUAGAAGGUUAGUUGAACAAAAAUGUAAAGAAUGGACUGAAGCAAAACAAAAAGAAAGAAUACAAAUUAAAAAACUUCGAGAGAUAGAGAAGAAAAAUGAAGAAUCAAAAAAAUUACAAGAAUUACUUGAACACGUAAGUUAUAGCUUUUACUCAUCCUUUUUAACAUAUAGAUUCAAAAUGCUGACUAGUGAUCUUGUUAAUACUGUCUUUGAACAGGAAUAUAUUUUGCUUCAUCAACUAAUUAUUAUCUUAGUGAUUUUGGAUUAACAAUUUAAUGAAAUUGAUAUAUGUAUGAAGUAUAUUAAAUAAUUCUGUGAGUUAACUGUACAGACUUUUAAUCCAGUCUGUAUUUUUGUAAAACAAGUGUAAGUUAUUCGCAUUUCAUUCUUCAGUACUGGACCGAUCAAUUAUAAAACGUGAUCUUUUGAUAUAUAUGUUAGGAAUAUACCACUUUAUACUAUAAUUCAUACACAUAACCUGAAGUAGGAUGUACUUUGAUCAACGAAGACAGAACAGAAGCAACUACCCACCAGUGAUAUUGGAUAUAGACCACAUUUUAUUGUAAAUUGACUUAGUUUGAUUUUUAUUUAAUGAUGCUUUACCUGUGAAGAGAUCUGAACGCCGUAGGUCUAACUAUGUAUAUAUUUGUAGGUAACUCGGCCUGUAGCUCUCCAAGAUAUACUGCCGUUCUCAAGCCCGGGUAAAAGAGGAGAGUUGGGCAUGGGGUCGGCAACCUCAUCCCGUAGAAGAAAAUCUUGCCAAGAAACGCCAACCAGAUUAAACAAAUUUAACUAUUUAAACUCUGCCCUGGGAGUUGAAGGGAAAAUCAUGACGCCUCAGGAGGAAGGCCGAGAUUCUUCGGAAGUUACGAGACUGAUGCCACUUCUAACAACCAGAGUAACAAUUAAUAUAGGCACAUGAAAUAUCCUGACACUGUGGGAGACCGAGAGGACCAAUCAAAUAGUUACGGAAAUGAGCAGUUACAAGUUGGCAGUGCUCUGAGUCGGUGAAGUCCACUGGACCAAAGUUGGAUAGAAAAGGAUAGAUUCGGGAGAGAUGCUGCUAUACUCUGGUCACGAAGAAGAACAUGCUCCACACACUCGGGGAGUUACUCUGAUGAUGUACAAAGAAACAUGUAGUGCACUCAUAGGAUGGAAAUCUCAUAGAUUCAGGAUAAUCAAAGCAGCCUUCAAAACAAAGAAUGAGAAAGUCACAAUGAAUGUCAUCCAGUGUUAUGCACCCACCCAUGAUAGCAAUGACGACGAUAAAGACCAGUUUUAUGAGAGGCUGUAAUCAAUCAUAACGAAGUGCUAAGGAAAGGCCCUGACCGUCCUGAUGAGAGAUUCAAACUCAAAAGUCGGAAUGGACAACAUCAAGUAUAGAGAUUUCAUGGGACGACAUGGCCCGGGAGAAAGGAACGAGAUUGGUGACAGAUUUGCAAAUUUAUGUGCAUUCAACAAAUUGAUUAUAGGCGGCAGAAUAUUACCCCACAAACUUGCACAAAGCUACAUGAGUCUGACCGAAUUACAGUACGAAGGACCAGAUUGUUCAUAUUUGCAUCAACAAGAAAUUUAGGAGGUCAAUGGAAGAAGCGAGAACCAAGGGAGGAGCUGACAUGACUCCAGAUCACCACCUGGUGAUUGCCAAGAUGAAACUGAAGCUAAAGAAACGCUGGACAACUAGCAAAACAGCAUUGCAAAGGUUCAAUACAGCCUUCCUUCGAGAUACUGACAAACUCAAUGAAUUCAAUAUAGCUCUCAAUAACAGGUUCCAAGCCUCACAAGAUAUACUGAAGGAAGAAGAAACUACUAUGGAGGGCAAGUGGAAAGUUAUCAAAGAAGCAUUAACUUCAACGUAUCAGGAGGUUCUGGGCAGCAAGAAGCAUCACUAUAAGGAAUGGAUCUCUAUGGAAACCCUGGAAAAGAUUCAAGAAAGGAAGAAUAAGAAGACAGCAAUUGACAACAGCCGAAUACGAGCAGAGAAAGUCAAGACACAAGCUGCGUACACAGAAGCAAACAAGUAAGUGAAGAAGAGCAUUAAAGCCGACAAGCAGAAGUACGUGGAAGAACUAGCAACGACGGCGGAACAAGCUGAAAGAGAAGGAGAUAUGAAACAACUAUCAUCAAAAUGGUAAAAGUAUUUAUAAAUGGCUGUAUACGCAAGAUACUGAAUGUCCGUUGGCGGGAGACCAUCAGCAACAGCCUACUAUGGGAAAGAACAAACCAGCUUCCAGCUGAAGAAAAAAACAGGGAAAGACGAUGGAAAUGGAUAAGACAUACAUUACGCAAAUCAUCAAACUGCAUCACGAGGCAAGCCGUAACUUGGAAUCCUGAAGGGAAGCGGGAAAGAGGAAGGCCGAAGAACACACUAUGUCGGGGAACGGAAGCAGACAUGAAAAGGAUGAAUAACAACUGGGAAGGAUUGCCCAAGACAGGGUUGGAUGGAGAGCGCUAGUGGGCAGCCUAUGCUCCUUCGCGAGGUGUAACAGAUGUGAGUAAAGAAGUAUUUUUGUAGGCAGGGUGUGUUGACGAGUCUCGAAAUAAUGGAAAACAGUUGACAAAUACCCAUAGGAUUUUGGCUAUUUUUACAGCUGGUGUGAGUCCGUUAUGAAAAAUAUCGUACUAAUUAAGAGUCAAAGGUUAUGAAUAUUCAUGAGUUAAGAGUUUAGUAACUAAUAGCCUCCCACACUAUUGAUCAGGUUAUGGAUGUAUAUAAAGUAAAAAUAAGAACUGUUUAAUACAUAUUUCCCAUCACCAUUAAAGGAUGUAAUGGUUUUGGGAUAGGACUUCAUGUUGUGUAAAUCACCGUGAUUGAAGAACAUUAACAAUGAAAAAUCUAAACAAAUCAUUACACCAAAGACUGUUCACUCAUCAAUCUUAAAUGCUUCUGUACCGUUCAGAUUCUCAAAAUUAUGGAUUAAAUAACAAGAAAGGUGGACGGUUCCCAGUAGUUGAACCCAGUUUUCUCAAAUCUAUCUUGACUCUGCUGAGUAUUACCAAUUCAACAAACUUGUCACUAUAACUCGAGUUUUCUUGUUAUGACUUUGCAAGACUGAUUUGAUCGGUCAAUAUCUCCUGGUAUACUAUCCACUACGACUGACAAUAUCUGUCUCACUACCUAAAAGGUUGCAUCUAUCAGUUAUUGCUUCUCAAUGAUACUACGGAUAUUCUUAUCAACAUUAGUUAAUAGUAACCAUAUGAUUACCGUCUACAUAAAUUUGGGAAUUUUUUCUCACUGUGAUGAUGGUGAUAUUGAUAUAAGGUGUUGAGCUUGGUCUGCUAAAUUUACUCCAACUAAAGUUUAAUUUAACAAUGAAUCUGAAAACCGAAAUAGCAAAAGCACAAAGUUCACUUUAGUUUUAUCAAAACAAUACUUAUUGUAGGUUAUGAAGAAAGUUGAAUUUCAAAGUUUACAUCAUUGACAGAUUUUAUUGAGACAGUUAUUGAAAACCAUCAUACGCUUGCUGGUGAUUAGUUUAGAGUGAUAAUCCCUAGAGUUCUAGAGAGAAGAUAUGACUAGUAGAGUUCAAUCGUAUCGGGCAUGAGACAACCAGUAUCAAUGGCCACGGUCGCAAAUACCGAGGAUUAAUUGAAGCUAGACAAGUAAACCACUGAAUGCCGGUUCAGUGGUCUGGAAGUUAAGAGGUUGGUGGGAGACUCAGAGGUCUUUGAUUCAAUCCUCGGUGGAGUUGCGGCUGUGCACUAUUGGGAAGUUCCACACUAGGGCGUAAAAGCUGUCCGGUGCUUCGCGGUUACCCAAGACUGCGUGAUGUAAACUACAAAAUGAUACUUUUGAAUGGAGUCAUCCCAUUCUUUUAAUUUACCGAUAAUUUUUCUAGUCACAGAUCUGUAUAACAUUCAUUUACGAUAAGUGUGGUGGUUUGUAUAAUAGUUGUAGAAAGAUGAACUGCUUGGAUUUAUCACUAACAUGAUAUUAUUUCUAUUCAUUUGUUUUCUGACGUACAAAAGGAUCGUUGUGUAAAUGAAACGCUCUCCUGCCAUGGUUUCUUGAAAAUUCCGUAGGAUAAUUUGUUAAUGAAAAAUCAAUAUGCAUUAGCGUCAUUUUAGUUGCCUUAAGGUGUUAGGGAGAACUAAAUUCCAAGUCAAAUUUGUGGCCAUAUUAAUCUUACAAUUAUUCAAAGAUCCUAUUUGUUCACAUUUUACUAAUUACGCGUCUUAAGUAGUAUUUUGAAAGGACUUCGUUUCUGUUUUGUCUUAACUCAGACACAGAAAUCCAAAUUGAAAUAUCAAGAGUGGUGUAAAAAGAAAACUGAAGAAGAGUCUAAGAAAAUCGAUUAUAUCAGACAAAUUGAAUUCAAAAAACACAUAGCUAAUCAAACUCGUGAAGAAGCUUCAACUGUAGCCUAUGACCAUUGGUUAAAAUCGAUUGGUUGUAAGAAAUCCGCUUCACACUAUUCACAUGGAUAUUCUGAUGGAAAACUAAUAGACUAUUACGAUCGAACAGCCAAUCCCUCUCCAAUUUUUGUGAAUCCGAAUCCAUGGAUUAAUUCUACAGAUUCAACUCUACAGAGCUGAUACAAAACAACAGUCCAGCAGUUAUACUGGUUAAACUUAUCAAAGAUCCUAUUCACUUUUCAAUUAACAAGACUGUAUUAAUGUUAAUUGUUGAGUAGAUCACUUUCGAUGUUUCACUAUUCAUGAUAAAAUUUAAGGGGAGGGUUACCAGUAGAUUUUGUCAAAACCAGUUGAGCCCUAUGAGAAUUUCAUGGUUCCUUAAUUAAGUAGAUGUUACGUUAAAUCCUUCACAAUCUUUACUCUUAAUUACAAUUAAAUAUUGUAGUAUGAUCACAAUGAAGUUGCAGUUUUUCGACGUGUUCGAAUCCACUAGUUCAGUAUAUCUCACAUAUAUUUUCAAGAUUUGAUUACGAUACUUCGGGGAUAUUUUAACCUUGGAUUACUCAGUAUGCUGAUACAUUCUGACAGAAUGGUCAGUGAUAGGUAGUAGGAAGCUUGAAACAUACAUUUGUUUAAAUCAUUACCAGGUAUAUUCUAGCAAAACUUCCUAUUAGUCAAGUAAUAUGUUCACUUGUAGGAUUCUUUUGAGAUUUGAAUGUAUCCAUGAUAAUGUAUCUUUGUCAUUUGGUACUUAAUUGACUUUCUCACACGAAUGGUGUGAUAGCCAACACUAACAGCACAAUUUCCAUAAAGUACUUUCUUUUUGACCAACAAGGAAGAACAACAAAACAGGUGGGUAGAACACUUCAAAGAACUCUUGAAUCGGCCAGUCCCACUGAACCCACCCAACAUCGAAGCAGCACCCACGGACCACCCAAUCAAUGUUGGCCCACCAACAACUGAAGAGAUCAGCAUGGCCAUCAGACAGAUCAAGAAUGGCAAAGCAGCAGGAUCAGACAACAUUCCAACAGAGGCACUGAAAGCAGACGUAGCGGUAACUGCAAGGAUACUCCACAUUCUCUUCAGCAAGAUUUGGGAUGAAGAACAAGUAUUAAGAGACUGGAAAGAAGGACUUCUGGUCAAAAUACC